GAAAACAUAAUUACACUACAAACCAUAAUGGAUUUAUCGCAAUAUCUAAAUUAAGAGUCUCUUUGCUCCACUAUAUCUCAUACACACAACGCUGCAAUAAUCAAAAUUCUUGUUUCCACACAUAUAUUUUUACACUUGUCCACUUUUUCCACCUAUAAAUAUGUUACCAAAGUCUUCUCAACCUUCAAACAUUACAAAGAGAAAAGAAAUUCCAAAAUAGAUUCCAUAGUUAUGAUGAAGAGUUCAAUUCUAUUAAUUAUAUCUUUCUUCAUCUUUAACUUAGGAGGAUUCUUAGAAGCUCAAAAGACUCCAGCUAUUUAUGUGUUUGGAGACUCACUUGUUGAUGUUGGUAAUAAUAAUUAUUUGAGUCUUUCUCUUGUAAAGGCAACUCUUCCUCACUAUGGCAUUGAUUUUCCAACUAAAAAACCAACUGGGAGGUUUAGCAAUGGCAAAAAUGCUGCUGAUUUGAUUGCUGAAAAAGUAGGCCUUACCACGUCACCACCUUACCUCUCCCUAGUCUCUAAGUUCAACAACAAGAAGAAUGUAUCAUUCUUGGGGGGUGUUAACUUUGCUUCUGGAGGUGCUGGAAUAUUUAAUGGCAAUGAUAGGCAAGCAAUAUCUUUGACAAAGCAAGUGGACUACUAUACACAAGUGCAUGACCAAUUGACACAACAAGUAGGAGCAUCUACACUUCAGAAACAUCUCUCAAAAUCCAUCUUUGGUAUUGUCAUUGGAAGCAAUGAUAUAUUUGGUUACUAUAACUCAAUGGAUCUUCAAAAGAAAAAUACCCCUCAACAAUAUGCAGAUUCCAUGGUUUCCUCACUAAAAAUACAACUACAGAGACUAUACAACAAUGGUGCAAGGAAAUUUGAGAUUAUUGGUGUUAGUACAAUUGGAUGUGUUCCUGCAUUGAGGCUCAAGAACAAAACAGAAUGCUUUUUAGAAGCCAAUUUAAUGUCAAUUAAAUAUAAUGAAGGCCUUCAAUCAAUGUUGAAAGAAUUGAAAUUGGAGAACAAGGAGUUAAGUUACUCAUACUUUGAUACUUAUGGUGCACUCCAAGACCUCAUUCAGAAUCCAAUUUCCUAUGGAUUUGCUGAUGUGAAAGAUGCUUGUUGUGGACUUGGUGAGUUGAAUGCUCAAUUUCUAUGUACACCAAUUUCAGGUGUUUGUGCCAAUAGACAAAACCAUAUAUUUUGGGAUCAAUUCCAUCCUACUGAGGCAGCAAGUCGCACAAUUGUGGAUAAACUUUAUAAUGGACCUUCAAAAUAUACAUCCCCUAUUAAUUUACAACAACUACUAGCUCUUUGAAUUGUCAAUUUAUAACUAGUACCUUCAAUUUCUUUAUCAAUAUUUUGACGGUUAUUCGAAAGGAAUUAGUUUUUGUAGUUAUUCGAUGAUAAAAGCCGAGGAAAAAUACUUGUAGCACUAUACUAGCUUGAAGGAGAAUGUGGCUUUUAAGAGCAUGAAAAUAUAUAAAACUGUUUUUGUGUAAUUUCUUAGCACUUUUAUUCAUUUUUGGUAGUAUAUUAACUAUUAAAAAAGA